CUCUCUCUCUCGUGCGCGUGUGUGCGCGCGCGUGUUCGUGCGAUCUCUUUCAUUUCAACCAUUAGGAAACUCGUUCAGGGCCACUGAAAAGUCAGGGGAGGCUCUUAUUUCCCAUGGAUUUCUGCCUUUCCCAAAACGCUGCACACCAAAUAAGUAUGGGGGAUUUUAUUUUGGAGAGACAAUUAACCCCUGCCAAAAAAUAAAGCACAGAAGGAAAAACAGGACAGGCUGGAAGACGAGGAAGCUGCCAAAUUCGCUGGUGGAGGAAAGUGCGGUUUGGGUUCCGGCAGCGGGGCUCCAGUCCCCUGACUUCAGCACCGGAGGGUAUGGACAGCGUCUCCGGACUGGGCUGCAACCACAGGGACCAAAUUACGCUGCUGCCCCCGCUGCUACUGCCCUUGCUACCACUGUGGUCUCCACGGGCAGCUUAGUAUCUGGCUUCUCUCAGCUAAAAGGCGGUGCCUGCUAAUAGCCCCUGCCUCCUUGUCCCCUUUUUUGAUGGACGAAAAAUAACCCUCCUCAUCCUGCUACACCUAGGCACCGGGCUUUGAGCACACUUGCUCUGGUUAAACUCUCAGCAGCAACUUCAAGAAUAAUUUUUCUAUAGGGGGCUGGGAGGAAUGCAGGCAGAAGAGUCAAGUGGAAGUUCUUAGAAGCACUGAAAAACCAUGGGCUCUGCAGCAGGGGCUGAAAUAUUCAAAGGCCCACAUUCUUGAAAUAAGCAGGAUGUUCCUGAGUGGAUUGCAACUAUUUUGGAAAUAGCUUUGUGAGAAGAAGUAGGAGACCUACUCAAAACCCUACUUUACAGCAGCUGGAAAGAUUUCUUUCCUCGACUUGUCAGACUGCCUUCCAGAAUGUUAAGAUUGCCAGAGAAGUGAUUACAGCAAAGGAAAACAUUGCUCUACCUAAAUUCAAACCACAUCCUUUGAGGUGCCAUAGCACAUGGAUUUCAGAACCGCCUGUGAGGAGACAAAGGCAGGGAUUUGUUUGCUGCAGGAUGGUAAUCAGGAGCCUUUCAAAAUCCGGCUGCACCUAGCCAAAGACAUUCUGAUCAUCCAGGAGCAGGAUGUGAUAUGCGUGUCUGGUGAGCCUUUCUAUUCCGGUGAAAGAACGGUGACCAUCAGAAGACAAACUGUAGGAGGAUUUGGAUUAAGCAUAAAGGGAGGAGCAGAGCAUAACAUUCCAGUUGUCAUUUCAAAAAUCUCCAAAGAACAAAGAGCGGAACUUUCAGGACUGCUCUUUAUUGGAGAUGCAAUUUUACAGAUAAAUGGAAUUAAUGUGAGAAAAUGCAGGCAUGAAGAAGUGGUGCAGGUUCUUCGGAAUGCUGGAGAAGAAGUGACCUUAACAGUGUCAUUUCUAAAAAGAGCACCUGCUUUCCUAAAACUCCCACUGAAUGACGACUGUUCAUGUGCUCCAAGUGACCAGAGCAGUGGCACCUCUUCUCCUCUUUGUGACAGUGGCUUGCAUCUUAACUAUCAUCCCAACAAUACAGACUCGCUGUCCUGCUCCUCCUGGCCGACCUCCCCAGGCCUGAGGUGGGAGAAGCGAUGGUGCGACCUCAGGCUCAUCCCGCUGCUGCACUCCCGCUUCUCCCAGUAUGUGCCUGGGACCGACCUGAGCCGGCAGAAUGCUUUUCAAGUCAUUGCUGUGGAUGGGGUCUGCAGUGGGAUUAUUCAGUGCCUCUCCACUGAAGACUCUCUUGACUGGCUACAAGCAAUAGCAACUAAUAUUUCAAACCUCACAAAGCACAAUAUUAAAAAAAUCAACAGAAACUUUCCUGUAAACCAGCAGAUAGUGUAUAUGGGCUGGUGCGAAGCAAGGGAGCAAGACCCCCUUCAAGACCGCAUCUAUUCUCCAACAUUUCUAGCCCUGAGGGGCUCAUGUCUUUACAAGUUUCUGGCACCUCCAGUGACCACUUGGGACUGGACCCGAGCAGAGAAAACAUUCUCAGUUUAUGAGAUUAUGUGCAAGAUUCUCAAGGACAGUGACCUACUGGACCGGCGGAAACAUUGCUUCACUGUGCAGUCUGAAUCUGGGGAGGACCUCUACUUCUCCGUGGAGUUAGAGAGUGACCUCGCUCAGUGGGAAAGAGCCUUCCAAACAGCCACUUUUCUAGAAGUGGAACGGAUACAGUGCAAGACAUACGCCUGUGUACUAGAAAGUCAUCUAAUGGGCCUCACGAUUGACUUUAGCACAGGAUUUAUCUGCUUUGAUGCUGCAACAAAGGCUGUACUUUGGAGGUAUAAAUUUUCUCAGCUUAAAGGUUCUUCAGAUGAUGGCAAGAGCAAAAUCAAGUUUUUGUUUCAGAAUCCAGACACUAAACAGAUUGAAGCAAAGGAGUUGGAAUUUUCAAAUUUAUUUGCUGUUCUUCACUGCAUUCAUUCAUUCUUCGCUGCCAAAGUGGCCUGCUUGGACCCUUUAUUCUUAGGCAAUCAGGCUACUGCUUCUGUUGCGGCCAGCUCUGCUACCACAAGCAAAACCAAGUAUACAACUUGAUACCCUGAGUUCUGUAGUGACACUUACCAUAGUUAGAUAAACGGAAUAAAUAUAUUAGAUCUCUUACACCCUGGAGAAGCCACAAUAAUAAGUCACCAGUGGAGUCAUAUGGAUAUUUCAGCAGACAAAGAUCACGCGGCAUCUUAUACUCAUUUCCAAUCCAGAAAGCAUCUGUAAAAUAUUCUGAGUGGCUAGAAGAGCCUGUUCUAAUCUGGUUGAUUAGUACGUGUACACUGCUUUCACCAAACAUGGAUACAAAAGAAUGAAUGUGAUGAGAAAUUAUGUAAAUAAUAUAAAAAUUGUAAGCUGCCUAUAAAUAAAAAUGCCAAUCAAAUGGUUAUUUCUGUAUUUUAGAUUAUUUUGUAUGACAAAUACAUAUUUGGGCCAGAACAUGAACUAAUGCCCUAUCAUUGAUUGUAUCAUGAGUAUAAAGAGACAAGAAAGAAAAAAGUGACAGCAAGGAGCAUGCAAAAAAUCUCAUCGAAAAGGAAGCGCUUUAAUUUGCAGAUGUAAAUUUUUCCUUGUAUUCUCAUUCCACUGUUCUACACUGGCUUAUCUGAUUGUAAAAUAUUUUUAGCAACUGCAUAAAAAUAAUCAUUCUAGCCUAUGACAGACACAAGGCAAACUGGACUACUUUUUCUUUGGUUCAUUGUUAUUGAAAUGUUUUCUUAAAUGCCAGUGUUACUUAUGAAUGAUGGA